AUGAAGAGAAAACACCCAGAGCAGGAGCAGAGACGGGCAAGGAAGAAGGCACAGCGGUCGCCGGAGAAGAGUGUCUCUCCUGCAGACAGCUACAAUUUUGACGAGAGCGUACAGCCUGUCGAUCAGUGGCAGGGAGAAUACACCCAGUUUGACCAUGCGACGGAGACUCCUCGCAUCGAGGGACACUCCAAUGUGAUGGACCUGAACAGCCUGCCCGACAACCCCCAGCCAGCCGACAACCCCCCCGCUUUCUAUCACGGCCACGACACGCCUUCUCCCCAAAACGAGUGGUCCCCGAGCCCCAACCAAGUCGCUCAUGGCUGCGAGCUCUUCUUCGCCCACGUCGCCCACUUUGUGCCCUUCCUCCACAAGCCAACCUUUGACCAUAAUCAAACGCCUCUACCUUUAAUCCUCAGCAUCCUCUCCCUCGCCUACCAAUACGGCCCAGACCCCGAAUCCAACCACCCAAACUCCGGCGCAGCCCUAUCCCGCCGAUGCUUCCACCACGCACGCACCCUCAUCACCCCCGAAGACGCCGACAUCUCUACGGUGCAAGCCUACCUCCUCCUCCAGAUCUGCGCGAUGAUGUACCUCUGCGGUGCCGACUCGGCCCACGGCCUGAAAAUGCACUCGAUCACAAUCCCGCUCGCCCGCAACGUCGGCCUCAUGCAACCGAUCCCCCUCGAGUCCGCCGCAACCCAAGACCUCGACACCCUCUGGCGCGCCUUUGUCGCCGCAGAAUCUCACAAGCGGACACUCUUUGCGCUGCACCAGAUCGAUGCUCUCUGGUACCAGUUCCUCUCCAUCCCGCGGUCGAUAUCGCAUCUCGAGAUUAAACAUGACCUUCCGUGUCCAGAGGACCAUUGGAAUGCAGCUUCCGCAGCGGAAUGGGCGCAUAGGCAGCUGAUCGCCGGUCGGGGCCAGGGGCCUGGGCUUCAAUACGCCGACGCCGUCCGCCGGUUCCUCUCGCAGGAUACGGAGCUGAACAGUGUGUCGGCCUUUGAUCCGUACGGAGCAAUCAACAUUGCGCAGUUCCUCAUCUCGAGCGCCCGCGAGAUCUCCGGCUGGUCCGCGAUGACGGGGAUGCUGAGCAUCGACCGAUUCGGCGCGCUGCGGUCGUCGCUCGUCGCACUAAAUCCCUUCAUUUGCCCGUCUACGACUACAACAAUCCCAUCUACACCAGAUCCAACCUCGGCACCCGCAGCCACAGCUGGAACCGCCCCUCCCCCAGCAAAUCCAACCCCACGCACCUCCCUCUGCCCGGCAACCUGGCACACGGCCAUGAUCGAGCUCCAGAUCUGGUCGCCCAGCCACACCUCGGGGAUCAUCCAAUCCAGUCUCGACGCCGUCCUCCACCAGAGCAGCUACCUCAGCCCCUCGGGCGAGAUCCUCUGCGAGGAAAUCACCGUCGCCGCGAUCCAGGUCCACGUCGACUGGUUCCUGCGGUACCUGGACGACACGGUUGAGCCGUGCGGCGAGGCCCCGUGGGUGGCGCUGUAUGCGUACAAGGCGUUUUUGAUCGCGUGGCAGCUCGUCAAGGGGCGGUUGCCCGGGGCGAUGGGGGUUGUGGGAGUUGGGGAUGGGGAUGUGGAGGGGGCGGUGCGUUGGGCGAGGGGCGUUUUUGGGCGGCGAGGGGGGUGGACGCUGGGACGGUUGAUUUUGGGGAGUUUGGAGCAGUUAAAUUGA